AUCAGGCGGUUGUUUUGCACUUCCCAAAAUUAGAAUCUAGAAAUAUGAAGCAUACGGAGCUUACAACACCAAAGAGAUCUAUUCCGCAGAGGAGACGCAGUGUAAGGAUUACAAUGGCUACUGAGGAUGCUCUGCGCGGUCCAGAAGAACCAUUGACAGAGGAUGACGCUCUCGAUGAACUUCCGCUUAGUAAAAGGAUGGAGAAGGUUCAGGGGCUUUUUAGGUGUAAUGUCACCUCUUCAGUGACGGGGAAAUGGAAGUUAUCUUUAAGUGCUUCGAAGAGGGCUCGGAAUGUGAAGGAAAAGCAGGUGAAUGUAAGGGAAGCAUUGGGGAAGAUGAAAGUUGGUGGGAUGGCAUCUGGUGCUGGGUUGAGGGUUGAGAGUGGCAGUGUGAAAUUGAAUAAAAAUUUGGUGGGGCGAAGAGGAAAGUUGCAGGGUGUGGCAAGUAAGGGGUGUGAUCAGUUUAGCAUAGUGAAGGAAAUUAAAGAGAUAAAGGAAAAGCAGGUUGCACAAGACAAAAAGCUGGAUGAAAUCUUGAGAAUUCUUCAACUAAAAUCUGUGUGUGUUGAAGCUGGGUCAGCAUCAAGGAAAGUGUCGUUGAUGGCGGGUAAUGAGGAAGUUAAAGUCCAGAUGGAUGAUCGCAAUGUUGAUGCCGCCGGUGAUGACAAUCCAAAUGCCAACAGUGGUAAUGUGUCGGUGACAAAGGCCUUUGAUGCUGAAAAGGAGAGGAAGUGUGUUGAGAUCCCCUUCACUGAGGCGCAGUAUGAUCAUCGCAACCUCGAGCUUAUCGACAGGCAAACUGAACUGGUGCUAAUUUCAUUACAGCAUGCCAAAAGUGUUGUGGGUCAGGAUGCGGAUGAGGAAAAAUGCAAUGUGAUUGAAGAUGGUGCGGAGGUUGACUUGAAAUUUGCCACAAUGCCAAAUGAUGUGGAAGAACCGAUGUCCGUUGAGGCUGCAGUUGGGGGGUCUGCUGGUUUGAACAAGGGUAGAAUGGGGCAGCGUGACCAUGAAGGCACGCAGAAAGUUAGCAUGGGUGACGAUGAUUUUGGGAAAAUAUUCACUAGCAGCAAUGUGGCUAGCGGGGAGCAGGGAGUGAGAGGUGUUCAUGAUUCUGUUGUGGCGUUCACUACGGGUUUGUAUUCAAAUAGUGCGUGUGUGGAGAUUGAACGACCUAAAAGGGUUCACAAGAAUCCCGAGAGAUAUACUCCCUCAAAGGUCGAGCAAGAUAAGAAGAAGCGCAAGAUUGAGCGGAUGGAGUGUGCUAGGUAUACAAGUAAGGUGGAGAACAUGACGAACAAUCCCAUUGUCCUUGAUGGCUUUACAAUGGAGAACAAGACAUGGAUAUAUGAGCUGUUUACAAACACCGAGUGGUUACGCAGCACGAGGGACUGGCGGUUGUGGUGGAGGCUGACGGAGAUGUGGGUGUUUGUAGAGAUUAUGAGGUUGGCCGUGGUGGUGGGGGAUGGCGGCGAGGGACAGACCGACGGUUGUGGUGGGGGCUGGCGGCAAACGGUUGUUGGUAGAGAAGGUGGGAUUGGCAGUGGUACCAAGUGGUCGGUUAGAUCUGCGGUAGUGGUGGAGGCUGGGGUGGCGGUGAGGUUGGCGGCGGCACUGGUGGGUGCUGGAGCGGCGGUGAGUGUUGGGCCAGUGAGUUCCAGCGGGUAUGAUGGGUAGGGAUGGGUGGAGGGCAUUUUUGUCUAUUUACUCCUUUAGUCAAUGCCUCUUAAAAAUAUGAGGAAAAUUCAAAGUGGGAACAUCAUUCCCGGACGGAGGGAGUAUAUAUUAGAAAUAUUCUUUUUUUUACCCUUUCAUAUACCCAUUUCAUAUACCCAUGCGGGUUGCUCUCACACCAAUCUUCGUUGUGUAUCUUCUCCGCCUUCGCGUCUCCUCGCUGGCCCACCUUAAAGAAUUGCUCCAAUUUCUGGAACCCUAUCUGUGUGAGGAAUGGCAAGAAGGGGCGAGUCAUCUGCGGUUGAAAUUGACGACAACAGCAGAAAGAAGAAUCCAAUUUAUGUGUCUCAGGUGUUUGGGGGGUUGGAACCAAUGGAUAGAUGGUUUUGUUUGAAUGGUGAUGUUACAACCGGUGGAGUAUGGAGAAGGUAUCCGGGCAUCAAAUGCAAAGCGAGACAAAUAGAUAGAUUUGAAGAGCUGCCACACCUUGGUUUUCUUGAAUCCCUGCUAAUGGAUGGUUCUAUCUACCUUAUUGGUCGCUCCGGUUGGUGGGUCACCCCUUCUCCCAAUGAAAAAGAAGGAUUAGUAGUAAUGUAUACAGAACUAAUGCUGGCAGUAAGAAAAAGACAGUUCUGGUCAAUUUUUUUUACCUGAAUGGCCUCUACGCCUUUGACCCGGAGGAUAAAGUUCAACCAUGGUCUUGUUUCGACCGUGAUUUCCGUGAGGAGUGGUGGGGUCUCCGGUCAGAUUCAGAUAUGGGAUGUUGGCUUUUUGAGUGCUCCCAGUUACAUUUCAAGAGUGAUGAUGAAAAUGGAAGAGGAGUGGUGGUUGAACUGGGAAAGCCCGUCGCAUAUUCUGCCAGCGGCUGCAAGGGGUUUCCUUUUAUCCAUGGCAAUCGUCCCUAGGCUGCUGACUGGCUGGCCAAAUGCACUAAAUUAGCAAUCGAUUAGUUGGCCUCUUAUCUCCGGUUCGACCACAUCGUAGCAGCAGCAGCAGCACAUGCGCGCACACGAGGUCGGGAAGGAGAAUUCGAUAACAACUCGGAUCAUGUUUGUGAAAAUAUAAUGACUUAAAUGAUAGAUAAGUCAUUUGUAAAUACUCAUAAAUGGUAAGAAAUAGUUUGUAAUUAA